ACGUAAGAAAUUUUUGUUAAGCAAAAUAAAAAGAACUCUUCGCUCGUCUUCAGCCUUUCUUCCUUAAUUUUCUCUCUCUACUUCUCUCAACUUCGUACCAAUUUUCUUCUUCAUAUUACAUUCACCUGUUUUUUGCUUCGAACUAAAUUUUUCAAAACUCCAAUUUCAACUUGGUUUAUUGAGCAAAUACUUUGAAAAACAACUGCAAAUUUUCACAAAUUACUCUGAAAAAUCAAAAGGGGUUGUGUUGUAAAAUUAAACUAAGUGAUUUUUACCCAAUUGGGGUUUUGCUUUGUUGGUGAUCUUAUUGUUUGUGAAGUGUUCUUUGAUACUCUUUUAGGGUUAGAUCUAAUACCCAAUUUUGCUAUUGUUUUUUGUUUGCUGAAUCAUUGGAGAAACAGAAAGAAAUGAAGAGAUUACGAGAUGAGAGCUUUGCUGGCUCUCAAUUUAAACGACCUUUUGGUGCUUCUCGAGGAGAAUCAUAUGGGCAACCUCAGAACAAUGGCGGAAGUGGGGGCGUUGGACAGAAGUUGACAACAGAUGACGCCCUUCAAUAUCUUAAAGAAGUGAAAGAGAUGUUUCAGGAUCAAAGGGAUAAAUAUGACCACUUCCUUGAGGUCAUGAAAGAUUUUAAGGCACAAAGAAUUGACACCGAGGGUGUCAUAGCUCGGGUAAAGGAACUAUUCAAGGGGCACAAUAACCUGAUUUAUGGAUUUAAUACUUUUCUUCCUAAGGGUUAUGAGAUUACCUUGGAUGAUGAGGAGCCUCCACCAAAAAAAGCUGUGGAGUUUGAUGAGGCUAUAAAUUUUGUCAACAAGAUAAAGAAGCGAUUCCAUAAUGAUGAGCAAGUGUAUAAAUCUUUCCUUGAUAUAUUGAAUUUGUAUCGUAAGGAGCAUAAAAACAUCAGUGAAGUUUAUGAUGAGGUUUCACAACUUUUUGAAGACCACCCAGAUCUUUUAGAAGAGUUUACUAGAUUCUUACCUGAUAAUUCAUCGUCAGCAACUGUUCACCAUUCUCAGCACAUACGAAGUAGUUUACCUCGAUUUGAUGAAAGAAGCUCUGCUGUGCCUUCACGACAGAUGCAUCUGGAUAAGCAGCGCUUGCGUAAGGAAACUAAGGAUAGAGUUGGCCCUUCCCAUCUCGAGCAUGAUCAUAGUGUUGAGCGCCCUGACUUGGAUGAAGAUAGAGGGGCAAUAAAAUCACACAAGGAUCAGAGGAAGCGUGAUAAGGAUAAUCGUGAAAGGAGGAAUCGUGAUCUGGAUGAUAGAGAACCUGAGCACGAUAACAAUAGGGAUUUCAACAGCCAACGUCUUCCCGACAAAAGAAAGCCUGCCCGCAAAGUUGAAGGUUUUGGAGCAAAUUCCCUUUUGGCAUCUUCAGAUGACAAAGCUGCUAUGAAAAGCAUGCAUGCUGAAGCAUUUAGUUUUGUUGAGAAGGUCAAGGAGAAACUGGCUAGUGAAGAUGAUCAUCAGGCAUUCUUGAAGUGUUUGCAUAUAUAUACUACAGAAAUAAUCACCCGAAGUGAAUUGCAAAGUUUGGUUGCUGAUCUGCUGGGGAAGCACCCAGAUCUUAUGGAGGGAUUUAAUGAAUUUUUGGAGCGUUCUGAGAAUCAUCUAGAAGGAUUCCUUGCUGGUGUUUUAGGCAAAAAGUCUUUAUUAAGUGAUGGACAUUUGCCAAGACAAGUUAGGGUGGAUGAGAAAGAUAAAGGGCCCAAGCGUGAGUUAGAUCCAGCUAAAGAAAAACCUAAUAGGGAAUAUACUUCUAAGUCGAUCCAAGAACUUGAUCUUUCUAAUUGUGAACGCUGCACACCAAGCUAUCGACUUUUACCUGAUGAUUAUCCAAUACCAACUGCAAGCCAACGAUCAGAAAUCGGUGCACAGGUUUUGAAUGAUUAUUGGGUCUCUGUAACCUCAGGAAGUGAGGACUACUCCUUUAAACACAUGCGCAGAAACCAAUAUGAGGAAAGCCUUUUUAGAUGUGAAGAUGACAGAUUUGAGUUAGACAUGUUGCUGGAGUCUGUGAGCUCUACUGCCAAACAUGUGGAGGAUCUACUAAACCAUGUUAAUUGUAACAUGAUCAGCUCAGAUGGUCCUAUUCGUAUUGAGGACUACUUUACACCUCUUAAUUUGAGGUGCAUAGAGCGUCUUUAUGGUGACCAUGGUUUGGAUGUGAUGGACAUAUUGCGUAAAAAUCAAGCUCUUGCAUUGCCUGUAAUAUUAACUCGACUUAAGCAGAAACAAGAAGAGUGGACUAAGUGUCGUACAGACUUUAACAAGGUUUGGGCUGACAUAUAUGCCAGAAACCACUACAAGUCACUUGAUCAUAGAAGCUUCUAUUUCAAGCAGCAAGAUUCCAAGAACUUGAGUGCAAAGGCCUUGAUCGCAGAAAUCAAAGACAUCAAAGAGAAUAUGCAAAAUGAGGAUUGCAUGCUUUUGGCGGUUGCUGCUGGAAACAAAAGGCCGUUGGUCCCUCAUUUUGACUUUGAGUAUCAUGAUAGUGACGUUCAUGAAGACUUGUAUAAACUAAUAAAGUUUUCUUGUGAGGAGGUUUUGACAACCAAAGAGCAACUUAACAAAGUGAUGAGGCUUUGGACUUCCUUCUUGGAGCCCAUUCUUGGCAUUACGUCUCGGACUCAUGUUGCUGAAGGUGUUGAAGAUGUUAAAUUUCGGCAACGGCCUACAAGAAAUGGUGCUGUAUCAGAAAUGCUUGGGAGUCCUGCAACUGAUGCUGCAACUGUGAACCCUAGACAGCUGAAAUUGGAUGUAAAUAGUGAAGAAAACUCACUUGCUGAUGCCGCAAAAUUUUCUAGGACUAAUGGUGAUGCUACAGCAAGAGAGCUUAGUUUUUGUGAAUCAGAUGCAGUAGGUAAAGAAGGUUCGUCAUUUGAUGCCCAGCCAAAGACGUUAAAUGAUGUUAGUGCAGCUGAUAGAGUACCAGAACGGUUAUUUAGUUCCAGUGCAUCACCUCAAAGUGGUGCAGAAAGUCGCCACAGUAGAAGCAAUACAGAACUACCAUCAGGUUCUCAAUCAAUCAUAUUGAAGCCAGACAAUGGUGAUGAAGAUUCUCAGGGUCCCAAGAGUUCUAUUGAUGCUAUUCAAGCACGAUCAAUGGCUACGGAUGCUACAGCUGCCACGCUGGUCAAUGGAAACUUCACCCAAGGCUCUAAAGUGAAUCAGCGCCUUGAAGAAUCUACUGGGCAACCCAAAGUUGAAAAAGAAGAAGGCGAAUUGUCACCAAAUGGUGAUAUUGACGAAGAUAACUCUGCGGCAUAUGGAGAGGCAGGUACACAAGCUGGGCAAGUAAAACGUAAUACAGACAAUCAGAAUCCUCAAGUUGGCAAUGGCAAGGAUGCAGGGGUUGAAAAUGAUGCAGAUGCUGAUGACGAGGACAGUGAAAAUGCAUCUGAGGCUGGUGAUGAUAUGUCUGUCAGUGAAUCUGCUGGUGACGAGUGCUCUAGGGAGGAACACGAAGAAGAGGAAGAUGUUGAACAUGAUGAGAUUGAAGGUAAGGCUGAGAGUGAAGGUGAAGCUGAAGUGCACUAUUCAGGUGGUGAUGCAAGCCCAUUGCCAUUAUCUGAACGUUUUCUGUCGUCAGUUAAGCCUCUUGCGAAACAUGUAUAUUUGGUUUCUCGAGACAUUGAGAAGAAAGAUUCUAGAGUUUUUUACGGAAAUGAUAAUUUUUAUGUCCUACUUAGGCUCCAUCGAACAUUGUACGAAAGGCUAUUUGCUGCUAAAACAAACUCCGAAACAAAGUGGAGAAAUUCGAAAGAUUCUAGCCCUUCAGAUCCAUAUUCUAGUUUUAUGACAGCCCUUUACUAUCUGCUUGAUGGUUCAUCUGAUAAUUCAAAGUUUGAGGAUGAUUGCCGAGCUAUUCUUGGAAAUCAGUCAUAUGUGUUAUUUACAUUGGACAAAUUGAUAUAUAAACUUGUAAAGCAGCUUCAAGCUGUUGCAACUGAUGAGAUGGACAAUAAGCUUCUCCAACUGUAUGAGUACGAAAAAUCACGGAAACCUGGAAAGUUUGUUGAUUCAGUCUAUCAUGAAAAUGCACGUGUUUUACUGCACGAAGACAAUAUUUACCGGUUUAAGUUUUCCUCUUUCCCUGCUCGCUUGUCAAUUCAGUUGAUGGACAAUGGAAACGAGAAGCCUGAGAUGGUUGCAGUUUCUCUAGAACCUAACUUUGCAGCUUAUCUGUACAAUGAUUUUCUCUCAGUUGUCUCCAGUAGAAAAGAAUCCCAAGGAAUUAUGCUGCAGAGGAACAAAAAGAAGUAUACUGGACUUGAUGAAUAUUUAGCCACGUCAAAAGCUAUGGAGGGCAUUCAGUUAUUUAAUGGGUUGGAAUGUAAAAUAGCUUGCAGUUCUUCCAAGAUAUCCUAUGUUCUAGACACAGAAGAUUUCUUUUUCCGAGCAAAGAAUAGAAGGAAAAGAUCGCAAUCAGAUUUUUGUGCAAGACUAAACCAGGCAAGGUUAAACAAAUUCCACAAGUUUUUAUCUGAAGCAUGCCGGUAAAUUACAACUCGUACAGAUGCUGUAAAAUUCAGGUUCUAACAAUAUGUAAAGUGGAACACCCAAGGAUUUCCUUGAUAUGAUGAACCUCCCCUUGGUAAAUCUUAUCUUUCCUGGGAAAAGCACAAUUGUUUAUGAGAACGAUGUCUACUUUACCCUUCUGCGCUUAGGGUUCGGCCGAGAUGAUGUACAUAGAAACAGUUGGUGAAGAUUUAUGCUCUUGUAGAAUACUUGUAUGAUUAUAUAAAUUCCUCUAGAUUGUAAUCUUCUUGAAUUCUCAUAGGUAUUGCAAUCUUCAGCUGUAGCGCCACUGUCUGAUGGGUUCCUGGAAGUGGAACCUUUAGUUAACCCUUUGGAUAGUGAUAUAGGUGUAAGUGUAUACAGAUUGUAGAGACAAGAUUUUCAGACAUUUAUGAUAUGGAUUUUUUUUUUUUUUUCCA